AUGCUUUUGGGUUCCAUGAAAGCUAAUAUGAAGACUGUGAAGUCAGUUCCAACUCAAGAAUCUCUGUUCCCUGUGUCUGAAGUUCAUGGUGGAAGUGAAUCCUCCUGGGAUAAAGAUAAGAUACAAUCUCCACUUGCUGCUCCUGGAUCUCAACAUGGAAUUGCUCAGGCAGCACUAGCUGGCCAGACCAGCCUUGGGGGUGCUCCUACUCUCAAUCCACUUCAGCAGAAUCACCUGCUAAGCAAUCGUCUGGAUCUGCCAUUUAUGAUGAUGCCUCAUCCCCUACUUCCAGUCAGCUUACCUCCUGCAUCCGUUGCCAUGGCAAUGAAUCAGAUGAAUCAUCUCAAUACUAUUGCCAACAUGGCUGCUGCAGCUCAGAUUCACAGUCCACUCUCCAGAGCUGGUGCUUCUGUUAUAAAGGAGAGGAUCCCAGAGAGUCCUUCUCCUGCUCCCUCUCUGGAAGAGAAUCAUCGCCCUGGGAGUCAGACCUCCUCCCACCCAAGCAGCAGUGUGUCAAGCUCUCCAUCCCAGAUGGAUCAUCAUUCAGAAAGAAUGGUUAUGAUGCCCAACAAUAGAGAAGAACUUAUUGUUGACCAAGAUAAUGGACAAACCAUAAAAAAAUUCCAAAGGGACAAUAAAGAUAUCCAAUUGUCCCAGCACCAUUUGUUGAACACUUUUCUCCACUGGAUUGAGUUGGCACCAUUAUCAAAAAAAUCACUUCACCAUCAAAAAGAAGUACCAGCUCAAAUUCCAAUGAUGAAGUCACCCUUGGACAAGAUCCAGUUGGCACCUGGACAGGCAUUGCCCCCCGGAUUCCCUGGACCAUUCAUAUUUGCUGAUAGUCUGUCCUCCGUGGAGACUCUGUUGACCAACAUUCAGGUCAACAAUAUUUCUAUAAACAAAAUAAAUGGUUUACUGAAAGUGGCUUUGGAUAAUGCUCGCAUCCAGGAGAAGCAGAUUCAGCAAGAAAAGAAGGAACUUCGAAUAGAGCUCUACAGAGAAAGAGAAAUUAGAGAAAACCUGGAGAGACAACUUGCAGUAGAGCUUCAAAGCAGAAUUUCAGAUACUGGAAUUCCAGAUAUUGAGAUAGAAAACAAUGGGACUCCUCAUGACAGUGCUGCCAUGCAAGGUACAAUAAACAGCAUUCUCUUUCUAAUAAGUUCAUGA